AUGAAUGGAAAUGUACCUGUGGAUCUGAGAAAAGACUCAAGGUCCCAAUGUGCAGACAGUUAUUCAUGUGCUAUAAAAGGACAUGAGGAUUUCCGCUCUCCUUCAGUGUAUGCUCCAAAGCUUCCCUCUGUGUCAGUGAGUCCCUCUGCUGAGAUAGUGGAGGGCAGUUCAGUGACUCUGACCUGCAGCAGUGAUGCUAACCCAGCAGCUAAACACACCUGGUACAAGGAGAACGAAAGGCUGCUCAGUGAAGAACCACAGCUUGUCUUCAGCUCCAUUCACUCCUCUGACUCUGGAGAGUAUUACUGUGCAGCUGAGAACGAGCUGGGGAGGAAAACAUCUGAAUACAUCAUUAAUGUGAAAUAUGCUCCAAAGACUUCCUCUGUGUCAGCAAGUCCAUCUGGAAAAAUCAUGGAGGGCAGUUCAGUGACUCUGACCUGUAGAAGUGAUGCUAACCCAGCAGCUAUAAAUACCUGGUAUAAGAAGAACCAAUCACAACCUCAGGGUCUACAAGGCAUUUAUCAUUUCAACUCCAUCAGCCCUGAUGACAGUGGGAUCUACUACUGCAAGUCUGAGAAUCAAUAUGGACAGCUCGGCUCUACGUCUCUCUCUAUAGACGUCCACUAUGCUCCGAAGCUUCCCUCUGUGUCAGUGAGUCCCUCUGCUGAGAUAGAGGAGGGCAGUUCAGUGACUCUGACCUGCAGCAGUGAUGCUAACCCAGCAGCUAAUUACACCUGGUACAAGAAGAACCAAAUACUGAUUCAGGGAACAGAAGACAGUUAUCAUUUCACCUCUGUUAGCUCUAAGGACAGCGGGAUCUACCACUGCAAGUCUGAGAAUGAGUACGGCCAGAUCAGCUCCACAUCUGUAUCCAUAGAUGUCCAGUAUGCUCCAAAGCUUCCCUCUGUGUCUGUGAAUUCCUCUGCUGAGAUAGUGGAGGGCAGCUCAGUGACUCUGACCUGCAGCAGUGAUGCUAACCCAGCAGCUAAAUACACCUGGUACAAGGAGAAUGAAGACUCACCAAAAGCAUCAGGACAGAACUUCACCAUCACUGACUUGAGAGCUGAACACAGUGGGAAUUAUUACUGUGAAGCGCAGAACAGAAGAGGACGUCAUAACUCCACCUUACAUCUGAUUGUUGUGGCAGUGAUACAGGGUCAGGAUGGCUGGGGAGUGACUUACACUUCUACUGAGAUCUGUGCCUUAAAAGGAUCAACAGUGGAAAUAAGCUGCACCCUCACAUACCCAUCCAGAAUAAAUGGCCGUGAUACUAAAGUUGAGGAAACAUUCUGGUUUACUAAAUUCCAGGAUAAAGAACCGGUGGAUCUGAGAACAGACUCAAAGUAUGCAGGUCGUGUGGAGUAUCACUGUGAUAAAAAAGACUGCACUCUGAGAAUCACAGACCUGAGAGAGAGCGACUCAGCUGAGUACAAGUUCAGGUUCAUAACAAACCAGCCAGAUGGAAGAUUUACUGGUUCACCUGGAGUCACUUUGUCUGUCACAGGUUUGCAGGUGCAGUGGAACAGGUUGAAAUCAUGCCUAUAUGAAGACUGUAUAUGGGCACAGGUUAAGUGUCACAGCAGCUGUCAUCUAUCUGAUCAAACCUCCUACAUCUGGUACAAGAAUGGACAGAAAAUUGACAAAGAAGCACCUUCUUAUUCAGACUACUUUUAUUCUGCAGACAGCUAUUCCUGUGCCCUUACAGGACAUGUGGAUUUUCCUUCUCCUUCAGUGUAUGCUCCAAAGCUUCCCUCUGUGUCAGUGAGUCCCUCUGCUGAGAUAGUGGAGGGCAGUUCAGUGACUCUUACCUGCAGCAGUGAUGCUAACCCAGCAGCUAAAUACACCUGGUACAAGACAAAUCUUAAUUCAGAAAAACUUCUCAGCAAAGAACCAAAACUUGUCUUCAGCUCCAUCCAGUCCUCUGACUCUGGAGAGUAUUACUGUGCAGCUGAGAACCAGCUUGGGAGGAGGACAUCUGAAUACAUCAUUGAUGUGAAAUAUGCUCCAAAGCUUCCCUCUGUGUCAGUGAGUCCCUCUGCUGAGAUAGUGGAGGGCAGUUCAGUGACUCUGACCUGCAGCAGUGAUGCUAACCCAGCAGCUAAAUACACCUGGUACAAGGAGAACCAAAGACUGAUUCAAGGACCACAAGGCAUUUAUCGUUUCACCUCCAUCACCUCUGGGGACAAAGGAAUCUACUACUGCAAGUCUGAGAAUAAAUACGGACAGAUCAACACUUCAACUGAAUUUAUAGAUGUCCAGUAUGCUCCAAAGCUUCCCUCUGUGUCAGUGAGUCCCUCUGCUGAGAUAGUGGAGGGCAGUUCAGUGACUCUGACCUGCAGCAGUGAUGCUAACCCAGCAGCUAAAUACACCUGGUACAAGGAGAAUGGAAAUCCAAACCUUCAUCCUCUCAGUAAAGAAUCACAAUUUGUCUUCAGCUCCGUUCAGUCUUCUGACUCUGGAGAGUAUUACUGUGCAGCUGUGAACAAGAUCGGGAAGAAGACAUCUGGAUUAGUCUCUAUUAAUGUGAAAUAUGCUCCAAAACUUCCCUCUGUGUCAGUGAGUCCCUCUGCUGAGAUAGUGGAGGGCAGUUCAGUGACUCUGACCUGCAGCAGUGAUGCUAACCCAGCAGCUAAUUAUACCUGGUACAAGGAGAAUGAAGACUCACCAAAAGCAUCAGGACAGAACUUCACCAUCACUGACUUGAGAGCUGAACACAGUGGGAAUUAUUACUGUGAAGCCCAGAACAGAAGAGGACGUCAUAACUCCACCUUACAUCUGACUGUUGUGGCAGGAGCAGGGAAAUUAACCGUUGCUACAACAAUCACUGUUGUUCUCCUGGUUAUCAUUUCCCUCUGUCUCUUCCUGUGGAUCAGGAAAAAGAGGGCUUCCAAGGAAUCGUCUGAGCCUGAAGAGAGACCAGACAACAGGGAACAGUUUCUACCUGAACAGCCAGAGGAGCAGGAUAACCUUCAGUAUGCCAGCAUUCACUUCACCAACAACCAGGCAGAUCCUCUCUACUCCAACAUCAGACCAGCUCGCUCCCUCAGACACACGGAGCAACAAGAAGUCAUGGACUAUGCUGUUGUCACAUUUAAGAGUAAUACUGCCCCGAGAUCCAGAGGUCAGGAAACUGGAGAGGAUUCAGCUGCAUUGUACAGCACUGUCAACAAAACCUAAUGAACACAACAGAUAUUACAUUUUUGAUAUUUCUAUGUUUCUUUAUAAACUUUGGAUUUAAGCAGAUAACUCUGAAUUUUUAGAUUAUAUAUUUCUCAGGACAUGCCUCUCCAAGAAUGUACUAAUAAAUUAUAUACCUUA